CCAACUACGACUUCAUGUUUGCGGUUCUUCUCCGUGCUACACUUUAAUUUUCUAUCACACUGUUUCUGAAUCUGAUGUACAGUUAGCUCAGGCUUGUACUAUGGUUAGUAACGACAGCACAUAGAAAUUCCCUUUCGAUUUAUGCAUGAAAUGUGAAUUAUUUUUUGGUCAGUUCUGGCUGCACCUGCACCGUAGGUACUCGACGUGGUGUUGUGUUGAGUACUUGACAGCUGGAAAAGUAGUUGCGAAUAAUUUCUGUUCGUUAAGUAGCAGAAGAGAAAUAAGUAGCAAUGACACCUUCACUUCGCGUUGCCGCCUGCUCCAGCAGCACCGGCUCUACCUCUGUGCCGUGCGAGACUGCACCACAAGAUGUUGCAGUGCCGAAUUUGACUGCAGAUCGACAGGCUCCACUGAUCUCGACCUCCGUGGUAGAAAAAAUGAGCCUGCAACGACCAGCUCAAAAACCUGUUCCAACUUACCAGCAAGGGCUAAACAAUCCCCAGUCAUUGAAGAGGUCAGCGGGCCGGACCGCAUCGCUUGGGGUAAUGGGAGCAGUAGCUGCCGGUGUUCUGGCGCUUUUAUUUGCAACGAACGUCGCGGUGCAGGAGAUUUUGUUCCUCGUGCUGAUUUUCGCGGUCGCGUACCUCUGGCAAACCACGCAGCGGCUGACCGCGCAGGUUGAGCUUUCGGAUGCGAAGGCGGCCGCGGAGCGCAAGGGGCGAACCAACGCGGAGCGGAUGCUGCUGGAGCAAAAGGGGAAAAACAGACAGGCGCCAAAAGGAGGAAAUGAGCAAGUAGAUGCAGACACUCACGCUGAAGAUCCGUCUGCAGACGGGAGUAUUCGGAGAAGUGAGCCAGGUCGGCUACUGGACACCGUUGAUAGACCAGACGACCAGUUCCUCUUUCGCCCGAUCGGGUACGCAAAGUCGCCCUAUUUACAGCGCUGCGGGACGCCUCGGCAAUCCGGCAUUUGCCCGUCAGUCGUGACGGAAGUCAAGCUAGUGCCCUGUCUGAACGCAGCUGCCUGUCUGGACGGACUGGCCGAGUAUUCCCAUCUCUGGGUCUCCUAUAUUUUCCACAAAAACACAAACCUGUGUCGCGAAGACCGGGCCCUGCUCAACCGGCGUGAGAAAGGCAGCGGCGUUACAAAAGCUUGUCCAGCUGGGGACGACGACGACGAGAUUGUUCAUAACAGUGCGAAAAGUGCAGUUGGUCAACAUGGUGUGUGCCAGAAGGAACAAGUAGACAGAGACACGAAUAGGAAAACGCCGCCUCCUUUCCAGGGGCUGAUCACAAAGAUCUUACCUCCCCGCGGCAGUAAAAAAGUCGGCAUUUUCGCUUGCCGCAGUCCCCAUCGUCCGAAUCCGUUGGGACUUUCGCUGGCGCGGAUUGAGCGCAUAGAUGCUGGGAAAGGCGUGCUGGUGCUUUCUGGGCUGGACCUCGUCGACGGCACGCCCGUUGUGGACGUGAAACCGUACCUCCCGCAGACGGAGUGCAAACACGAUGCGGUGGUUCCGGGUUGGGUACGAGAGAGCUACGCCGUGGAAAAAUUUCAAACUACGUGGAAUAACACCGUCAUCGAGCAGCUUACACAGCAUGUCAAGACUUCUAGCUCACCGAGGAGCCAUGAAGUAGCAGAGGCCGCAUCACAAGCACAGUGUGCUGCUUCAGAGGUGGAAAAGCUGCAAACUCAAGUCGAAGAGGUCUUGGCCAUGGAUAUCCGCAGCCCCUUCCAACGCGACAAGCACCAUGACGCGGUUUUCAGGGGCAGUUUGCGCUUCGACCGCUUUCUCUUUGAGUACACCCUCCAAGACGAAGUCAACAACAUUGUUACAGUCACCCUACUGAGCGACGAAACGCAAAACGGCUCCUGAAGUGACGGGAGAGAAAUACCACUCGUAUCAAGCUGCCAAAAACUAACUGCCAUACGUAGCUUCAAGGAUCAACAUGAUCAAGAAGAAGAUGGUUGCAGAAGUGUUGACAAACAACACAGACGAACCCAAAAAGCGACAUCAUGGCUCACCACAGAGCCGUACAUAGCCAUAAUAGGUACUCUACCUUGUGCUUCUUCAU